AUACAGGUAGACCUUUCUUAGAGAUGCACAGUGAAAUACCCGAAAUUAUAUAUAUGACUGAAGGAAGGGAGAUCGUCAUCCCCUGCCGGGUCACGUCACCUAACAUCACUGUGACUUUAAAAAAGUUUCCCCUUGAUACCCUGAUCCCGGAUGGAAAACGAAUAACCUGGGACAGUAGGAAGGGUUUUAUAAUAGCGAAUGCAACAUACAGAGAAAUAGGGCUUCUGACCUGUGAAACAACAGUCAACGGGCAUUUGUACAAGACCAACUAUCUCACCUAUCGACAAACCAAUACCAUCCAAGACGUCCAGAUAAGCACUCCAAGCCCAGUCAAGUUGCUUCGAGGACGCACUCUUACCCUCAACUGCACUGCUACCACUGAUUUGAACACGAGGGUUCAGAUGACCUGGAGUUACCCUGGUGAACAAUUGUUUCUGGGUUUUGAUAGAAGUCAGAUAUUCUCAGUAAACACCAGGAGGGAACAAACUCUUAUCCUGUUGGUGGCUGUACGACAAGAUAUGAUAAAACAUCUACUGACCGCCAGUUACCUUCGAAAAUGGCGUUGUCCAAUAGAACUUCGUGUGAUUGAAAUACCUUUUCUGACUAAUACAUAUUUAAUAUUUAGAACAGGAAGGAUGUAUGGAGAUAUACUGGUGUGGGUUGCUUUCAGAGCAAGCAAAAUAUAUUUUCUAUUUUUAAGUUGUGGGGAUGAAUAUGGGGGGAAAAAUCUAAGGAAAAGAGGAAAAUGUGUUUUGUUAUCUUUGUUAUCUCAGGACUUAACCAGUGAUUUUUAUUUCACCUGUCACCAUGGGCUGGACCAUGCUACAAAGCAAUAUAGUGAUGACUUGCUUUUUUUAAAAAAUAGGUAUGACUUUUGCUCCAAUAAUGAAGAGUCCCUAAUCCUGGAUCCCGACAGCAACAUAGGAAACAGGAUUGAGAGCAUCACUCAGCGCACGGCAAUAAUAGAAGGAAAGAAUAAGACGGCUAGCACCUUGGUUGUGGCUGACUCUAGAAUUUCUGGAAUCUACAGUUGCAUGGCUUCCAAUAAAGUAGGAUCUGUGGAAAGAAACAUAAGCUUUUAUAUCACAGGUAAGCCGUAUAUCCUAUACUCACAAAGAUACCCCAUCUCCUUGGGUGAAAUCCAAGGCCUUGGGCUUCAUUUGUUCAUUGUGUCAGCCUUAAACCAGGAUUUGAGUGAUAGAAAGUUGGUUGAGGGUCAGGUCUACUGCAAUGAAGAUGAUGGAAGCAGGACUUCCUUUGGCCCCGGGGCCACAGAUGUGUUUCAGUCCAGCUGUGUGCUCUUGGUCAAGUUACUUAACCUCACCGGAUCUGCUUCCACGUCUGUAAAACGGGAGACCGUGAGACCUUGCGGGGCGGUUGUCAACGUCAAGAUGGAAAGUGUGUCGUGUAGUGCUCGCACACAGCAGGCGCCAAUCAACGGAAUUAUUUUAGGACCAGGAAGCAGCACGCUGUUUAUUGAAAGAGUCACAGAAGAGGAUGAAGGUGUCUAUCACUGCAAAGCCACCAACCAGAAGGGGUCCGUGGAAAGUUCGGCGUACCUCACUGUUCAAGGAACCUCGGACAAGUCUAACCUGGAGCUCAUCACUCUGACAUGCACCUGCGUGGCUGCAACCCUCUUCUGGCUCCUGUUAACGCUCUUUAUCCGAAAACUGAAAAGGUCUUCUUCUGAAAUAAAGACGGACUACCUAUCGAUUAUAAUGGACCCAGACGAAGUUCCCCUGGACGAGCAGUGUGAGCGGCUCCCUUAUGAUGCCAGCAAGUGGGAGUUUGCCCGGGAGCGACUUAAACUGGGCAAGUCACUUGGAAGAGGAGCUUUUGGAAAAGUGGUUCAAGCUUCUGCAUUUGGCAUUAAGAAAUCACCCACGUGCCGGACUGUGGCUGUAAAAAUGCUGAAAGAGGGGGCCACAGCCAGUGAGUACAAAGCUCUGAUGACUGAGCUCAAGAUCUUGACCCACAUUGGCCACCAUCUGAAUGUAGUCAACCUGCUGGGAGCCUGUACCAAGCAAGGAGGGCCCCUGAUGGUGAUCGUUGAAUAUUGCAAAUACGGAAAUCUGUCCAACUACCUCAAGAGCAAACGGGACUUAUUCUUUCUCAACAAGGAUUACCAGGUGGACAGUAGCACUCUGCUGGCCUCCCCCUUGCUGAAGCGCUUCACCUGGGCUGAGAGCAAACCCAAGGCCUCCGUGAAGAUUGACUUGAGAGUAACCAGUAAAAGUAAGGAGUCGGGGCUUUCUGACCUCACGCGGCCUGCUUUCUGCCAUUCCGGGUGUGGGCACAUCAACAGAGGCAGGCGCAGAUUUACGUAUGACAACUCAGAGCUGGAAAAGAAGAUUUCGUGCUGCUCUCCUCCCCCAGACUACAACUCGGUGGUCUUAUACUCCACCCCGCCUGUCUAAAGUUUGACACAUCGCCUUCUUUCUAGAACCACACAAGUAUUUAUGCCCCCUGAAAACUAGCUGCUUCUGCCAGUAUGACACAUAUAUAAAUGUACACCUUUACCUUUCCACAGGAGCAAGCUGCCUUUUGUGAUUUUUUAAUAGUGCUUUUUUUUUUUCUUUUUGACUAACAAGAAUGUAACCCCAGAUAGAGUAAUAGUGACAAGUGAAAAACACCACUGGUAAAUCCUCACAUUAUUCAGUGUGUUAGAGAAACCCUUUCUAAGCCCAAUGACUUACCUGCUCCUACCCCUGAGACCACAGGGCAUUUGAUGAUUCAGGAGACACACUGACCCCGCCGUGCAGUGUGGACUCCAUGGGGCCAGCCACCGGCACCCGGGAACCAGGAGGCAACCAGCCCUAAGCUGGCCUGUGCAAUGUCUCUGGGGUCCUCUAGCAGAUGUGACAUGGGAGGAGGAGAAGGAAAGAAGGGAAAACGGUAGCAGAGAGUAAACAGGACGGAGCACUGGAGAGAAGAAUUUGUGCUGUCCCAUAUGGGAAGGGAGUAGGAAAAGCCAUGACAAUGCUUCCAAACCCUGACCGAACCCGGUCCACAUGGAAAACCCAGCCAGGGAGCAGAUAGGACAGAAGGAUGAGGGGACAUUUUCUGGAUUCCGGCAGGCAAGAAAAGGACAGACAUAUUUUUUUGGAACUACAAAACAAAUUUUUAAAAUCUUAGCUAUGGGACUGGAUCUAUGCCCAUUCCCAUAUAUGGCACAUUUUUAAAUUUCUAGCACUGAGCUUGGUGCUCAAAUCUGAGCCGAGACUGCAGGCCCCUCUAGCAAGAUACACUGCAAACUCACCCUGAGCUAAGCUGGCUCCACGGCAUGAUGGCCUCACACUUAGCAGGUUGCUCAGAGUAAGCUAACUGGAAUGAGUCUGGUCUGUUAGGGCUACCUGUUGGGCUUUAAGCCACAUGUUCAAAAAUAUUGUCAGAUUCUAUUUUGAGUCUUAAUGUAUAAUCAAAACACUUCAAGUUUUUUACAUUAACCUGUUUUGUACAGUUAGUUAUAAAAGGAAGCUCUGAGGAGGAUGAAAAUGAGUCUUGCGGAGGGUUUCCUCUAUGCCAAAACCAGGAUAGAUGGAGCAAAAACAGGAUGAACAGGGUGAAAACCCCAUCUCUAUACCAACCAAACCAACUCACUGAAACAGUUGGGACCCAAAGGAUAGGAAGUCAAUCAUGUUUCCUUUUCAAUGGGGAUUCUACUAUCUCAUGCUAGUCUACUGGAAAGAUGUGGAAGAACGUUAACCAAUGUUUAUUAAGCACUUUAUGCUCCUUGAGAAAAAAGGUGAUAUGUAAUUUAUGCAAGAUACUUUUAGAAUUGGGACUCAGGAUAUUAGUUAAUGAGCCAUCAAGAGGAGAAAAGCCUCUUUUCAUCUGCUUUGGACCUUGCCAUGGGUCUGAAGAUGAUGGAAAUAGGGAGACAGGGUACACAAGGGUGCCGACUCUUCAGAGUCUACAGACUCUGGAUCUCUCAACUGGCUCUGUUUGAAGCUAUGUAUUUAGGAUGUAUGCACCUUCUAAAGCCAGUCAAGGCUGGACAGGCAACAGUGAAUUGCUGCUUCUGGUAGUAGAGUAUGCUUCCCUUUAUGCACGUAACUUAACUCUAGAACCUGAGAUAUAAGGAAUCUUUGCUUCCUUCUCUGUGUGUCACACUCUGGUUUCAAGGUUCUUAGUAUAAAGAGAUGGGACAGUCAGCACACCCCAAGGGGGGCGGCGGGUGCUCCAGUGGGUUCUGCUGGGGAAGCCCCUGGCCGGCAGAGAAGCGAGGCAGGCCUCUCCACCAAGGGCCCAGUGCAAACAAAGUCAGGCCAGGGCCAGAAGAGGGGAUGAGCUUUGUUCCUCCUCUUCUUUGCACGCACAAAAGCACCUGGAACAGCUGGCGAUGGUAUCAAUCAGGUAACCAGAAGGAGAUUGAAUAGGGAAAAUUAAAAGAAGAUGUCAAUCAAUUCUCUCGUGCUUUCAAAACAGUAAGGAUCCAGCAAUGAGUGAAAACAGAAACCUUAACUACCCGUACCACAUCUUGAUUUCAAUAAUCUAAUUCUGUAUUGUUCAGAGACCUUAGUAAUGCCAUCUUUCCAAAAGAAAAACAAAACAAAACAUGUACUAGAACUGUAUUAAUUCAGCUGCUUCAAAGACUCAGGUUUAUAGCCUACACGAGUCCAUCAGUCAACAAUGGUUCCAUCUAGAGUCUUAACACAAAGAAAAAUGGAAGCUUGCAGGAAUGAGUCUAUCUAGUGGCAGAGUGCUUGCCACAGAAUGGUUCAUUUACCAGCCCUGAACAUUUAUUAAAAAGCACUGAAAAUGAAAACACUAAUUAACCGAUGAUAUUAUUAGAACCAUUUGUCAUUUAUGACAAAAACAGUUGGCACUAACAAGUAAAGCAGCAUUUCCUUUCAGGAUUUGUGAGGCCAUGUAUGUGUAACACUGUGGGUGGAACAGGACUGAAACCAUACGCAAGUCUAUUAUCUUGUUCGUCUAAGAAACGAUGCUCAGACCUUAGUUUUAGCCCAUGGAACAGAUUUGUCCAAAUCCUGAAAAAUGUCACGUAGGUCUUCUAGCUGUGCCUUGUUUCCCAGCCUGUAAGUAUGUCAAACCUGAAACAGAUACUUGCCAGGCCCUUUUCAUUCGUGAAAGGAGGAGCGCAUCUUUGACCGACAGUGGUAUAACUGUAUGUGUAUAUACGUGUGUGUUCUGUGCAUAACUAUUUAAGGAAACUGGAAUUUUAAAGUUACUUUUAUACAUACCAAGAAUAUAUGCUGCAGAUAUAAGUAAGACUUAAUUUGGUCCUACAUCUCUAGUCACUAUGAAUGUAUUUUGUAUGCUAUCUUCAUAUAAUAAAAUUAACUUCCAAAAAUA